GUCAGAAAGAGGAACUGGCAAAAAGAGAAGUAUCGGAUGUUUACUCUGCUGAUUUAUGAGUCGUGAUAAGCAGUAAAACAAAAGACUCUGAUUCAGAGCAGUUUAACAGCUGUUUAAGUCCUUAUUGAUUUCACGUGUAAUUUAAGUUAUUACCUUUGAAAUUUUCGUUAAAUAUCAUUAUUUUUGCGCUCCUCGCAUCUCUUACGUUUUGGGGUGUAACCUACAUUUAGGAAGCGACGAGAUAAACUUACUUCCUGGAGGCUCGAUUGCCGUGCAACAGACAGGUAUGGAGGACAGAAAUUUGGGUCUGGACACCCUGAGCGAAGCAGCAUUAACCAGACUCGGUUAUAUGCUGGAUAAUUUACAUUAUGGUUGGAAACAGCUUGCGAAGGCGGUGGCCGACCAACCACAAUUCUGCUGUAGUGAUAAGGAGUUGACUGACUGCUCACUCAAGGUGCUAAGUCCAAAUGGCAGCCCCGGGCGAUAUCUCCUCGCCCUCCUUGCAGAUCGAAAAUGUACCCUGGAUUUCCUACUGCACUGCUUAAAGAAAAUUGAGCACAGAGAUGCUGUUGGAUUUCUCACUAUGCACGUGAUGGAGCAGAUUAAUAUCACACAGCAGCCACAAAGUCAGCGGGUACCAGAGGGAAGCCGUGCGGUUCUGUCCUGCAAAGCUGUUGGACCUCUGGAUCUCACCUACCAGUGGUUCAAGGGCAAAGAUGAGGUGCCAAGAGGCAGUAGUUCAGAACUGGUGCUUGACUAUUUGAAUCCAGCUCAACAAGGCCACUACAUCUGCCGUGUAAGUUCUGGAGACAAGUACGUCUUCUCCAACUGGGCCAACGUACGUCUAGUGAGGUCUGGAGGCGCAAGUGCAGGUUCCAGUUACUUUCCUUCGCCGUCUAGUGGCUUGCUCAUAACAAAGCAGCCCAGGCCUCAGUCAUUGGUGGAGGGUGAUGCUCUCUGUCUCGAAUGCGGUGCUCAGGCCAACCCGCCUCCACAGUUCCAGUGGUACCAUAACAAACAGCCAAUGCCAAAUUCCACAAGAAGCAUCUUAAAGAUUCCAUGCGUAACCACAGCUCACCGCGGUGCAUACACCUGCAGGAUUUACAACCUUUAUCAUGAAAUGUGGAGCGAUCAGGUGCAAGUAAACAUAGGUCCUGGUUCCGUUUCGGACGCAUCAUGGGAAAUGACUGAAACGGAUACUCCAGAUGCUCCACCGAAACAAAUGAGUGAUUUUUACGCCACUGAUAAGGUCGCGCUGCUUAUCGGGAACAUGAACUACCUACAUCAUAGACUGCUGAGAGCGCCAAUGGCCGACGUGCAUGAGCUGACAAACCUUUUACGCCAGCUGGAUUUUAAGGUCGUCUCUCUGCUGGACCUCAACUGGCAAGAGAUGCACAGUGCCGUCAAUGAGUUCCUGCUGCUGCUGGAUCGAGGAGUUUAUGGGCUGUUGUACUUUGCCGGUCAUGGCUAUGAGAAUUAUGGGAACAGUUUCAUGGUGCCCACCGAUGCUCCAGCCUCAUAUACCUCCAAACACUGUCUCUGGGUUCAGGACGUGUUACAGCGCAUGCAACAACGCCAGACAGGACUGAACAUCUUUCUGAUGGACAUGUGUCGCAAACGAAACCCGAACGACGACAGCAUCCCACAGCCCGGCCCCUUGAAAGUCACCGCAAACAUUGUGUUUGGCUAUGCAACGUGCGUCGAUGCCGAAGCAUUUGAAGUAAACAAAGACGAUCUUUCUAAUGGAAUCUUCAUGAGCUUCCUCAAGAAGAGACUUAUGGAGCCGGAGAAGGUCACAGUCUUACUUGAUAAAGUAGCAGAAGACAUGGGAAGAUGUCUUAUCACCCGAGGCCGGCAGGCUCUGGAGCUGCGCAGUAAUCUCUCUGAACGUCGUGCUCUUACUGACCGCAUUCAGGCCCCGGACUGCAAAGUCACAGCAUCAACGCGAAACUUACAGUGGGCUAUCGCACAUGUGAUUCCUGAAAGUCGCUGUCUUGAGUUUGAAUGCGGCAUUAAGGUACAACUGGGCUUCGCUGCAGAGUUUUCCAACAUCAUGAUCAUCUACACUCGGAUACUGGAUACUCCAAAAGACAUCGUAUCCUGCUCUGCACAACUCUCUGACUUCACAGAGGGCCCUGAAGUAGACCUGAAACACAGCAAUCAGGAGAGUCUGCUUGAAGCUGGCAGCUUGCUGCUGUCCAUGGAUGAUCUACAACCUCUGGAACAGCCUCUGCUUUUUACUCGUAUUAGUGCCUUGCAAAGGCUCCAGAAAGAAAUGUCGUUUACUGUGUGUCUACACUACAAGUACACUAACCUUGAUGAAGAGUUAUUGGAGGAGAAAAGGGUGUCUGUAGGCAAACCCCUAGUAUCAAAACUCAACCUCUACGAACCACGACCGCCCUGCUCAGCAUCUUCCUCCUCAGAGCUACAAACGCCCAGCAUGCUGGAGUCUUUAUCCUUCAGCGAAAGCUUGAGUGCCAACCUGGCAGACGAAAACUUUUCUUCUAUCGGAUCUGAAUCCACUUCGUGGUCCUAUUAUCAGAGGACUAUGGAGUCACCCACAAUAUCUGGAUUAAAAAAUGAACCAGAGGAAAGCAUAAGCCCAGAGUUUCUUGAGUGUGAAAGCCCGAGUCGUGACACUAAAAGUUUGUCUAGUGCUGCUUCUAAGGAGCCCCCGUUCAAAUUCAGCAACUUACAUAAUUCGAUUUAAAUGAGGAAAGUAUUUAGUUCAAAGAUGAAAAUAUUGGAUGUGGACAAACUUUGCUACCUGAAAAUGCUAUAUUACUACCUGCCUGCUAUACCUAACAGUGUUUGUAUUUGGCGAAUGUGAUAUAACCGUGAACGUUGGUCUUUCUAUGCCAUAUUGUGUUGACUAUAAAUACGAUGUUUUUUACAGGAAUUUAUUUUGUAUUAUUUUUAUUAAAUACAUUACAAUUAUUUAGUAGAUUUGAUUUAAAAAUGCAAUAUAUCUUUAUAUCCUAAAUAUAUAACUUAAAGCUGUA